CAACCAGACGGACUGAUGCCGUCAGAUAAGAGCAUUGGUUCAGAAGAUGACUCCUUUAAUACAUUCUUUAGUGAAACUGGAAGUGGAAAACAUGUCCCAAGAGUAGUUUUUGUAGACCUUGAACCGGGCGUCAUUGAUGAGAUUCGAACUGGCACGUAUCGUCAGCUAUUUCACCCAGAACAGCUAAUAUCUGGCAAAGAAGAUGCAGCCAAUAACUACGCUAGAGGGCACUAUACCAUUGGAAAAGAAAUGAUCGACUUAGUAAUGGACAGAAUCAGGAAACUUACAGACGCCUGUACCGGGCUUCAGGGUUUCAUGAUUUAUCAUAGUAUAGGAGGAGGGACUGGUUCUGGAUUUGGAUCUUUGUUGUUGGAACGGCUUGCUGUUGACUAUGGGAAAAAGACGAAGCUGGAAUGCAACAUAUAUCCGGCGCCUCGAAUUUCAACGGCAAUUGUCGAACCAUACAACUCCAUCCUUACCACUCAUUGUUCAUUGGAGCACAGUGAUGUGGCAUUUCUAUUGGACAAUGAAGCAGUCUUCGAUCUAUGUACCAAGAAACUUGAUAUUCAAAGGCCUACAUAUACCAAUAUAAAUCGACUGGUCGCACAGAUAAUAAGUUCUAUUACAGCAUCACUUCGGUUUGACGGAGCCCUAAAUGUUGACCUUACAGAAUUCCAGACCAAUCUGGUACCAUACCCAAGAAUUCAUUUUCCACUUAUAAACUUUGCACCAGUGAUAUCAGCAGAAAAAGCAUACCACGAAAGUCUGACUGUUGCUGAACUAACAGAAGCGUGUUUUAACCCCGCUAAUCAAAUGGUAAAAUGUGAUCCCUCACAUGGGAAAUAUAUGUCAUGUUGCAUGAUGUACCGAGGCGACGUGGUUCCAAAAGACGUAAACAGUGCGAUUGCAACCAUUAAAUCAAAGAGAAGCAUCCAGUUUGUUGAUUGGUGUCCAACAGGUUUUAAGGUUGGCAUCAACCAUCAACCACCACAGGUGGUACCGGGAGGAGAUCUAGCUAAAGUUCAAAGAGCGCUAUGUAUGAUAAGUAACACGACGGCUAUAGGAGAAGCAUGGGCAUGUCUUGAUCAUAAGUUUGAUCUAAUGUAUUCUAAGCGUGCGUUUGUACACUGGUAUGUCGGAGAGGGAAUGGAGGAGGGAGAGUUUUCUGAGGCACGCGAAGAUCUUGCAGCACUUGAGAAAGAUUACCAAGAAGUUGCAGCGGAUACGGUCGAUGAUGAUGAAGAUGAGGAUGAACAAGAAGAAUAUUGACAUUAAGAUGAACAAAACACUCUUAUGUUGUAAACAACAACUCUUUAUUUUAAUUCUAACCAAAUUUGACAGGAAUAAUGUAUGAAACUAAAUAAUGGUUCUUCUCUCUAUAUAGAUAUUAGCUACUAUCGGA